CCCCCCCUCUCUCUCGGGCUCUCUGCAACAGUGAACCGAUUCUGCAAUUCACCGUUGAUCUGGAAGAGGUAGCCAUGGGAGAAUCCGAUCCGCCUCGUCGCCUAUCCGUCCAUCAAGCUCUCGGCGGCGGCUCAGUUGCUGAUGUGUUUCUGUGGAGGAGAUGGUUCGGGGGGUCCUCGGUGCUAGUCUCGGCAAAGAUGGUUUGGCUCCUGUUCGAGAGAAAUGGCUACAACCCCUUAACAUUUGUGGCCAAUGGUCUCUUACUUCUCGUCUUGAUACUCUUCUUCUGGGCUAAAUCUGCUUCCCUUCUCAACAGACCAUUGCCUGCCCUUCCUAAUCUGGAGAUUUCUGAGAAGUCUAUCACCAAGGUUACCAAUGUGCUGUUACAAUGGAUUAACUACGCGCUGUCCAUUGCACAAGACAUCACAGUCAAUCACAACUUGAAACUCUUCGCUCAGGUCUCGUGUGGUUUGUAUGCGCUAUAUUACAUUGGUGGCCUCUUCAGUUUCCUAACUUUUGCUUAUAUAGGGAUAAUUCUUUUAUUAUCUGUUCCUGUUUUCUACGACAAGUGUCAAGACCAUGUCAAUGACAAGCUGUGUGUUAUACAUAGAUUUGUACAGACGCAAUACAAAAAGAUUGAUGAUAACAUCUUGAAGAAGAUUCCACUGCCAUCAAGCAAGGCAAAGAAGGUCCAAUAGGCAUGUCUACUUUCUUCAACCCUAAAGGACACUAGUGCUUCAGUCAGUGAUCAGGGUGUGAAGAUUGUUUGGUUUGGAUAUGUUCAGGCCUCCUGUUUCAGUUGGAGACAGUCCCAUCAGAUUCCACAAUUUUUGAAGAGCUAUCUUCGAUUGUUCCAUUGUUUUCCUGGCCAUACCCAUACACGAGUUUUGUAAGCAUAGUGGCAUCAUCUUGAUGGUGAUUUUUUCAGCUUUUUCCAUCCUUCGUGAUGUGCAAUGUGAAACUUUACUUUGUGAGUAAGAAAACGUGACUCCUGGAAAAAUCUGAGUCUGUUGUCUCUCAUCACGUGUAAUCUUUGACAUCAUGUCACAACAUAACUGAAAACCAUUGACUA